UCUCCAUGGACCGCAACUCGACCACGUCGGAGAUUCCUACGCCAGUCAGUUUUUCAGGGCUCGACCGCGCCAGUUCCAGUGCGCAGGCGCAUUCGCACAGGGGAGCCCGCAGCUCGCAGCUCCGGCAGUACUCAGUGGUACAGAGUCCCCCGACUAGCCAGGCAAGGCGCAGCGUUACCAUGAGCUUCUCCAUCCCACCGACAGCUACCCAUCCUGACUUUUUCACUUCUGCGACCAUCCUCCGCAAAGCGUGCGACCCUGACCGACGCCUCCCAACCGCAGAAUGCACGGGGGAAAGAGAGGGCUGGUGGCACCUCAGAACACUUUUUUGGAAAAUAUUGUCCGGAGAUCAAGUGAAACCAGUUUCCUCCUGGGGAAUGCUCAGAUCGUGGAAUGGCCUGUAGUGUACAGUAAUGACGGAUUCUGCAAGCUGUCUGGCUUCCACAGGGCAGAAGUCAUGCAGAAGAGCAGCACCUGCAGUUUUAUGUACGGUGAGCUGACAGACAAGAACACAAUAGAAAAAGUCAGGCAGACCUUUGACAACUAUGAGUCCAACUCCUUUGAAGUGCUGCUCUACAAGAAGAACCGAGCGCCGGUGUGGCUCUACAUGCAGGUGGCCCCCAUCAGGAACGAGAACGACAAGGUGGUCCUGUUCCUCUGCACCUUUAAAGAUAUCACCGUCUUCAAGCAGCCAAUCGAGGACGAGACCACCAAAGGAUGGACCAAGUUUGCUCGCUUGACCCGGGCGUUGACCACCAGCCGCAGCACUCUGCAGCAACUGCCCCCUGUGAACCAGACGGAGGUCAGCCACAAACACUCACGACUGGCCGAAGCUCUUCAACUGGGAUCCGAGAUCCUCCCCCAGUACAAGCAGGAGGCUCCCAAGACGCCCCCCCACAUCAUAUUGCAUUACUGCACCUUCAAGACCACGUGGGACUGGAUCAUCCUCAUUCUCACCUUCUACACGGCCAUCAUGGUGCCCUACAACGUCUCCUUCAAGACCAAGCAGAACAACCUAGCCUGGCUGGUGGUAGACAGCGUGGUGGACGUCAUCUUCCUGGUGGACAUCGUGCUCAACUUCCACACCACGUUCGUGGGACCCGGCGGUGAGGUGAUCUCGGACCCCAAGCUGAUCCGCAUGAACUACCUGAAGACCUGGUUCGUCAUCGACCUGCUCUCCUGCUUGCCGUACGACAUCAUCAAUGCCUUCGAGAAUGUGGACGAGGAUCCCAUCUCAGACUCCACCGGCGUCGGUCACAUGCCAGCGACCACCCAUUCAGCCAGGAAUGCCACACGGGCAGAAGACUCAGUUCUCCCGGGUCUCAGCAGUCUCUUCAGCUCCCUAAAGGUGGUGCGUCUGCUGCGUUUGGGUCGCGUGGCCCGUAAGCUGGACCACUACCUGGAGUACGGUGCCGCCGUGCUGGUCCUGCUGGUGUGCGUGUUUGGCCUAGUGGCCCACUGGCUGGCCUGCAUCUGGUACAGUAUUGGCGACUACGAGGUCAUCGAUGAGGCCACCAACACCAUCAAGACCGACAGCUGGCUCUACCAGUUGGCUACCAGCAUCGGCACGCCGUACCGCUACAAUGCCAGCGGCUCAGGCCAGUGGGAGGGUGGCCCUAGCAAGGACACGUUGUACAUCUCCUCGCUCUACUUCACCAUGACCAGCCUCACGACCAUCGGCUUUGGGAACAUAGCACCCACUACAGACGGGGAGAAGAUCUUCUCGGUGGCCAUGAUGAUGGUGGGCUCCCUUCUCUACGCCACCAUCUUCGGUAACGUGACCACCAUCUUCCAGCAGAUGUACACCAACACCAACCGCUACCACGAGAUGCUGAACAAUGUGCGUGAUUUCCUCAAGCUCUACCAGGUGCCCAAGGGCCUGAGCGAGAGGGUCAUGGACUACAUCGUCUCCACCUGGGCCAUGUCCAAGGGCAUCGACACGGAGAGGGUGCUGUCCAUAUGUCCCAAAGACAUGCGUGCGGACAUCUGUGUCCACCUCAACCGGCAGGUGUUUAACGACCACCCGGCCUUCCGGCUGGCCAGCGAUGGCUGCCUGCGCUCGCUGGCUGUGGAUUUCCAGACCACGCACUGCGCGCCCGGCGACCUCAUCUUUCACGCCGGCGAGAGCGUCGACACCCUCUGCUUCGUCAUCUCCGGCUCGCUGGAGGUCAUCCAGGACGACGAGGUCAUUGCCAUCCUGGGAAAAGGUGAUGUGUUUGGGGACGUCUUCUGGAAGGAGAGCACGCUGGCACACUCCUGUGCCAAUGUGCGGGCCCUCACGUACUGCGACCUGCACGUCAUCAGGAGAGACCCUCUGCUCAAGGUUCUGGAGUUCUACACGGCCUUCGCCAACACCUUCUCAAGGAACCUCAUUCUCACUUGCAAUCUUCGGAAACGGAUCAUCUUCCGGAAGAUUGCCGAUGUGAAGAAGGAGGAGGAGGAGCGUCGUCAGCAGAAGAACGAGGUGACCCUCUCCAUCCCCGAGGACCACCCGGUGCGCAAGCUCUUCCAGAAGUUCAAGCAGCAGAAGGAGAUACGCGCACCGGGCCCCGGCCAGCUGGACCUGGAGCGCAACCAGUUUCAGGUGGAGCACCAGCUCCAUCCCCUCACCCACCACCUCCACCAUCAACACCACAAGCAGCAGCAGCAGCAGCAACAGCCGCAGCAGUUGCAGCUGCAGUAUCAGAUCCACCACCCUCUUCAGCACCAUCACAGCCCACUACUACAGAACGGGGCUCCAGGGAUUGGUGGAGGUGCCGGUAACGGAGGCUCCAGCGUGGUGACUGUCUCGCAGAUCACCCCGCUGCAGAGCUACGUGACGGAGACUGAGGAGGCGGGGGGCAUGGGCGGAGGCCACGAGGCCCUGGAACUCAAGCCCAGCCUGGGCGUAGUGGGUGACCAGAACUGCCUGAAGGUCACCAGUCCUGUGCGGCCCAGGGUUGCGGGUCGGGGGUGGAUGCGGUUUAAGAGCGCGGUGGGGGAUGACGCAGAAGCCAGUGGGGCGUCGACGGCUGUACCCACUCCUCCAAAACAGGAGAGGGCGCCGCAUCAGCAACAACAGCAGCCACAGCAAAAGGAGGAGGAGUGGGGUGACGUAUCCCAGUCCAUGGAGCUGCUCUCGGAGGACAGCAAGAGCCAGGAGGCUGAGGGUGGGGGACCAGGUGAUGGUGGUGGUGGUGGAGGGGACGGUGGUGAAGGAGGAAAUGGUAAUGGAAACGGAAAUGUCAGCAGCAGCGGGAGUGGCGGCAGCGGUGGAGGAGUCGAGGGCGACGAGAAGAGCGCCCUGCACAAGACGGACUCGUGCGACAGCGGCAUCACCAAGAGCGACCUGCGCAUAGACCGCGCCGGCGACGCGCGCAGCCCUUACGAACGCAGCCCCAUGGAGCGAAGCCCCAUGGAACGCAGUCCCUACGACCAGCCCAGCCCCGGCCUCGGGGGGCCUGGCAGCCUGGUGGCGGCUGUCGUACGGUCCGGGGGCCCCCACCACCACCCCUACCAGCCCGCAUCAGAGCAGGCCCUGCUCCAGACCUCCCUGCAGGAGGCCAAGUGCGAGCUGAAGGGGGACAUUCAGACGCUGAGUGGGCGCAUGGCCAGCCUGGAGGCCCAGGUGGGGGAGAUCCUCAGGCUGCUGUCGGAUAAGCGGCGGUCCUCGCACACCUCCACGCCCAAGACCAAAACCAAAUGCCAGGACAUCUUCACAGUCUCGCGGCCUGUCACGCCAGACAACGAGCGGGACGACGGGCCUUUCUGAGGGUCGCCCUCACGGGGGAACACUUUUUUUGGUUAAAAUUCUGAAAAAUAACAGAAGUUUUUCCUCCUAUCAGGACACUACUCCUGCUGCCUCUCGGGCUCUAGCUCUGCACGUAUCCUCCUCGUCUUCGGGACGGGAAGAGCAAAGAACGGUCCCUGAGGAAUUUACUUGAUUACUGUACAUAACUCACUUGCAUGUCCAGCUGGAAUCUGGCCUGCCAAAGAAUUCUGAUGAGGAAUAGUUAAGUGAUUGCUUGUACUGUACAUUUAUGCAGUGGACUGCAUGCCGAAAUGAGUUCAGAAGAUGGCGAAUUUUUUUUUUUUCUUUGUUACCUGCACUGACUCAAUGAAUAGUAUAUGACAUCUCCGAAUGAGCUUGACAAAAGCUUACCUUUUUCAGGAUACUGGUCUCUGACAGUAGGUCUAAGUUGGCCAAAUGUGUCGCACUAGCCAGGUGGUACUGGCAGUGGAAGGUAGGGUUGGGCACCAGGCCAUGGCUUGUGCAAAGCACCUAGGUGACUCACUCACCAUAAGGGUAUGUAAUCAAUCAGCCUAACGAUUGAUUUAGUCCCCCUAGUCGUGCUCCUUCACACCUGUUACACAUCAUGCAAAAUGUCUUUGAUGACCUCAAUGGAGAAAAGUCGAUGGAUUGCCCAUCUCCGAGUACAUUCAGAUCACUCAGGCCACCAGGUACUUAAACAAGAAAGCUUUUCGCUAUUGUCAUUUUUUUAUUUAAUAUUUUUAAGGGGUAAGCGAAACGCUCCAGUUUGGCUCCCUUCAAUGGUAUUCUUUGAUAUCAGGUUUCAUUUGUACAGAGGAAGCUGUAUAAGUCCUUUUAGGGAUCUUUACACAUAGUGCUGUAAAGGGAAACAAUAUGUCAUAUCUGCAUGCUGGACAGAUCCUUUGUAUGUACAGGCAUGUUAGAGGUUUUGGUAACAUUCCCCACAGCCACCCACCAAAUAUGGCAGAUACCUUCUGUUCCAAUGACCCAGGGAAUGCUGGGAUUGGCCCACACAACGUUCACACAGUCCACCCGUACAUGUCGCAUGUACAGAAAAACAUCCCCCGCUGCAAAAUGCAUGGCAGACCUAGUGUCCAUAGCAUUUACAAUCCCCUUUUUUAGCAUAACGCGUUUUAGUAAGCGCUAGGGGUGUUAUUUUUCCCUUCUGUAGCUGCAUAUACUGGUGCUGGAGCCCGGAAUGGUAGCGAUUGAGAGUAGAGACUUUUUUAUAUUGUGAUUGCAGAAAACAAACACACUGUCCAUCACUGUUUACAAAAAGCAAAUAUGUUAACUCACUGGUCUUUCGUUAAAAGUAGAUUGUUUCCCUUUGGAGGUCACACGUAAAGCAAACGCAGAGUACCAUAUAAUUUGUCAGCUAACAAAGGUUUUCGUUAAUGUAAUCCUCACCUUUGUGAAACGGUCCAGUUUUCUCCGCAGAUUAGAAAGUCAGAGGCCUUUGCGGUGGAAUUAUCAGCUGUUAUUUCAGUGCAUUUCCACCAAAACAGCUAGAUUAGACUUUUUUUUCUCUCUCGCUUUGGUAGGAUCGAGAUGAGACCUUUUGAGCCUAGACUUUCUAAUCCUUGUCGUACCUACUCAACUCAUUUAUUUUUUAUCCACCCAUUUUAUUCAAAGGCAUACCUCAGAAAGCUUUCUGCACUGAUUUGUAGAGGAGCCCAAAUGUCACGGUCUGCAUCAGCAGCCAUUUGCUCUAUAUAUAUGUUUGCAUAUUGGCUCUGGAAACUGAACAGACAAAACCGUUUACAUCGUUGCAGCUAAAUUUACAGCUCUAUGCAAGAGCUACAGGCCAAAAUAGCCCACUUCUCUUCACAUUGUAUGCUACAUAUAAAGGAUGGAAAAUCACUUGAUAUGACUAGUGCUUUAUGUGUCCUCAACAUUAUAUUGCCCAUACAUUCACUACUGACAAUUCAAGACACGGCAUUAAAGACACGAUGUUGCAGCACAUCUUAUUCUGUCAGUAGAACUAACCUAUAUUAUCUUUAUAUUCUGCCCCUAAACAUUAGUGAAACCAUCACCAACCUUUCUUGAAUAUAACAAGCAAUAAUUUCCUGGUUCCUGCAGGUGAAUGCAUAUGUUGUGAAUGACAUUUAAAAAUCACUUUAGUCUAAAAGGUCCUGUAUUCAUAAGAUGAAGUGAAUCAAGUGAUAUUUAGGGAUAGCAUGAAGGUCACAGGUUUUGUUUAUGUUUUUUUGUUUCAUGCUAUAUUGCAAACAUUGUUUUGCUCUGUACUAAUGUGGUAACGUCUCGAGAGCGGGCCUUCUCUUUUUCUCGAGCUAAUGGUGAAAGAGACAGGUCCCAGUGGCAGCAUCCAAAAUCAAUUCUCAGCGCUGCUGCACUCGCGAAAAAAGAAAUCCCAUUAGAAAAGAGCUGAACAGUUGGUUAUGUUCAGUUACCCUACUUCACUCAUUCACAGACACGGAAAGGAGGUUGCUUAAUGUUUUUUUUCCCCCCAAAUACACACUUUCUUUUUCACUUGCUUUUUUGUUUCAAACAAGACACAGUUUGCAUGAGCAGUCGAGUCAUUUAAUUAACAAUGACUUGAAUUUUCCAGGAGUUUGAAACGAAAAAAAGGCCAUUUAAUCAUCAUCAUUUAGCCCCAGUGUUUUCAACUUUCAAAUUAUGUUUACAUCCUCCGAGAGUCUACUAAAGAGGAUGCUAGAUGAGAUCCAGGAAUGUCAUGAAGCUAUGAACACAAAGAAGGAACGUGAAAACUGAUUAACUCCUGGGGUACCUAAGCAUGUGUUCAGAGGGCAGACCUCAUAGAAUUAUUUUGUUUGUUUAUUUGUUUGUUUGCUCCCCUGGCCCUUUCAGGGAUGUCAGUGUUUUACAAA